CAAGAAGCAAGACUUGUGUCAGGUCAAUACUUAAAAAUAUAGAGGAUGGCAUAGGAAAAUAUAUUAAUGUAGCAGUUCAUCUGUCGAGACGUAGGGCAGACCAAUUUAGUAAGUUGUGUUCCCUUAAAGCUCUGGAUUUUGUUUCUUAGCAUCUGUUUUUCUUGACUGUCUGCCAAAUAAUUAUGCGUGAGGGACUAUAUAAUGCGGUAGCAGGUUGAGAGGAGCAAGAUAGAGGGAGAGAGAGGGAGAGAGGUAGGAUCAAGAUUGAGGGGGAGAGAGAGAGAGAGGGAGAGAGGGAGAGAGAGAGAGAGAGAGAGAGAGAGAGAGAGAGAGAGAGAGAGAGAGAGAGAGAGAGAGAGAGAGAGAGAGAGAGAUGGAAGGAAAUGGCAGCUGUAAAAAGAAAAAGGUUUGUGUAACAGGUGCAGGAGGGUAUGUGGCAUCCUGGCUUGUUAAGGUUCUCCUUUCAAAGGGUUAUACCGUUCAUGGAACUGCCAGGGACCCCUGGGAUGAGAAAAAGAAUGGACAUUUAGGAAAACUGGAAAAUGCAUCAGAGAAUCUGCAGCUCUUUAAGACAGAUUUGCUAGACUGUGAAGGCCUCUCUGCUGCCAUUGUUGGAUGCAUGGGAGUGUUCCAUGUUGCUUCUCCAGUUCCUGAUAAAAAUGUUCAUGUGGCUAAUCCUGAGGCAAAGCUAGUUGAACCAGCUGUAACAGGUACACGAAACGUACUUCAAGCCUGCUUAAAAGCAGGGGUAAAUAAGGUGGUGGUUGUUUCAUCUGCUGCUGCCAAUAUGGUGAAUCCCAAAUGGCCUAUGGAUCAGGACAUAGAUGAAACCUCUUGGACUGAUAUUGAAUAUUGCAGAUCCACAAAGAACUGGUAUUGUCUUUCCAAGACUAUUGCGGAAAAAGAAGCCUGGUGCCAUGCAAAAGAAAGUGGACUUGACAUUGUGACAAUAUGUCCAUCCAUUGUCAUUGGGCCAAUGCUGCAAUCCACAGCAAAUGCCUCUAGCUUGCAUAUUCUUCGUUACAUGAAAGGUGGACGUGAAGGGGUAGAAAAUAUAGAAUUUCCUCUUGUGGAUGUACGCGACUUGGCCAAGGGAAUCGUUUUGCUGUAUGAAAAGGAUGAAGCAAAGGGACGGUAUAUAUGCUCCUCCUUUGGUCUUCGUGUUAAAGAAUUGGUAGAAAAGUUGCAGUGCUUGUUUCCAGACUACGAGUACCCUACAAGCUUCAACGAGGUACAGCAUAUAAACUCAUGGAAGUUGAAUUCCCAGAAGCUGCAAAGCCUGGGGUGGGUGUUUAAGCCAUUGGAAGAGACUCUGAAAGAUGUUGUGAAAGAUUAUGAAGAACAUGAUCUAUUUGCUAGUUAACAUAUAGUACCUAGCUAAUAUGAUUUGUGGAUAUAAGUAACGCACAUUCUUAUUUGUGAAUAAAGUUUAUAAUGUACUCACUUUGAAAUUGUGAUGUAAUGUGAAGUCCUCAAGUUCAAAUGAUUGUAUGAUAAGUGGUCGAGUACUUUACUGAAUUGCUAGCUGCUCCACAUUGUAAAUUUGUAUUAAAACAAAGCAUUCAAGGAUCA